AUGAUAAUUAAAUCUUCAAAACUUAACAAAAGGCACGAGCAGUCCGUGUUCGCGGGCGCCUCAGUAGCGCUGCCAGGUGCAGGCGGGAGCUGGCGGCGGCGGCGGACCGCGGCGCCGCGCCCUGCCGUCACAGCUCCGAGAAGAACUCCGGCGACGAGUGAGGAGUGGGGUGUGUGCGUGCCCCGCGUGCUGGGGGACCGGCGUGCUCGCGACCCACUAACGCCAGCCGCUGUUUAA